CAUUGCACAACUCCACCCGCCCAAUCUCCCCGCAAGCCACACACGGCCAUUUCCUCUUCGGAGAGGGACAUUUUACCUACUUUUUGCAACCGACAAACCUCGGUCCUCGACUCACCCGGGAAAAGUUCAAGCGGCAUUCAGACGACCCUGGGUGACCCGAAGUUUCUUUAGCACGUGUGAAGUGAACACGGGCCGGGAGGCCAUAAAAGGCGGAUGAUGGCGAUCUGUUCAGUGUCCUUCUUCAGACAGGACAAAUGCCUUGGUCGGAGGAGGUGAAUGAGCUGGCCGGCCACUUCUGAAGAAGCAGGUGAAGGUAGACCAUCACCCAGCAUCUAUGUUUCCAGCCUGGCACCCAAACUCAGAGACUGGCCCUGCCUUGGGAAGCAAUCCGACAUAAGAGGGGACGAUGUAUACCUUCCUGCCGGAGAACUUCACUCCGGUGAAGCAGAAGCCAGCCAAAGAGCUGAAGCCCAUGAUCAGUGCCAUCGUGGUGGGCCUCAUUUUGUUCAUUGCUGCCGUGGUAGCAUGGUGCUAUUAUGUGGCAUCCCUUCGGAAGGCAGAGAGGCUCAAGACAGCGGAGAUGGAUUUGCGGCAGGACGGCUUCACGAUCAAGAACCAGGAUGGCGAGUUGGUUUUCAAGGUGGCCUUUCAGUCAGGGCUUCUGGACCUGGAGUCCUGUUCCAGGGAAGGGGCCAAUUUAACCUGCACACGGACCGACAAAGGGAAAGUCAACUUCUUCAUCAAGAUUGUCAACCCCAAGGACACCGUGAUCUGCUACCGGGUGCGCUGGGAAGAGUUUGUGGCGGACACGGUGGUGGAUCAUAAAAUGUUCUGGGGAGAUGCCCUCUGGUACGGGGGCUGUGAGAUGAGCGUCCAGCAUUGGCCAAUCAAGCUGCCCGGAUUCCAGGAACCCAUGCCUUUUGUGACCAGCGAUGUCUAUUCUUUUAGGAACAGUUUUGGAGGCAUCUUAGAGAGGUACUGGUUGUCUUCCAAAGCUGCGGCCAUCAAGAUCAACGAUUCGGUGCCCUUCCACCUUGGGUUCAACGCCACGGAGCCCUCCCUCGUCUUCCAAGCCAGGUAUAAAGACUCACCUUACAAACCCCCAUUGGGCCAGCAGCCUUUUCCUGAGCUGAGUUACCGGGUCUGCAUUGGUUCCGACGUUACCUCCAUCCACAAAUACAUGGUGCGGAAGUACUUCUACAAGCCAUCCAAGAUACCUUCAAGAAACGCCUUCAGGUACCCCAUCUGGUCCACCUGGGCCUUGUACAAAAAUGACAUUGACCAGGAGAAACUCCUGCGUUUCGCCGAAAACAUCAAGAAGUACAAGUUCAACUGCAGCCAUAUCGAGAUUGACGAUACCUACACCCAAGCGUACGGCGACUUCGACUUUGACGCAGCCAAGUUUCCCAACAUGACUGAAACCUUCAAGAAACUCAGAGAGGACGGUUUUCAGAUCACCCUCUGGACCCACCCGUUCAUCAAUUACAAUUCCUCGAAUUUUGGGGUGGGGAUAGAGAAACAGCUGUUCAUCAAAGAACCCACCGGGAGACUGCCCGCCAUGGUGGAGUGGUGGAAUGGCAUCGGUGCCAUCUUGGAUUUCACCAACCCUGCAGCCCGAGAUUGGUUCCAGAGCCAGCUGAGACAACUCCGCAAUAAAUACGGCAUCUCCUCCUUCAAAUUUGAUGCCGGAGAGACCAGCUACCUUCCCAAACAGUUUAGCACCUUCCGACCUUUGUCGGAUCCCAGUGUCUGGUCCAGGCGCUACACAGAAAUGGCCAUUCCGUUUUACGAACUGGCGGAGGUCAGGGUGGGCUAUCAAUCGCAGAACAUCUCGUGUUUUUUCAGGAUCAUUGACCGGGAUUCCGUGUGGGGCUACGAACUUGGCCUGAAGUCCUUGAUCCCCACCGUCCUGACCAUCAGCAUGUUGGGGUAUCCGUUUAUAUCGGCCGACAUGAUUGGAGGGAAUUUCUUCCCCAACAAAACCGACGGGGCUCUGGAAAUCCCAGACCGGGAACUCUACAUCCGUUGGCUGGAGUUGUCCGCCUUCAUGCCGUCCAUGCAGUUCUCCAUCCCGCCUUGGCUCUACGAUAAGGAGGUCAUCGAAAUCGCCCUGAAGUUCACCAAGCUUCACGAGUCCUUGGUGGCCCCUCUCUUGCUGGAACUAGCCGGGGAGAUCACCAACACCGGGGAUCCCAUCAUACGGCCGAUCUGGUGGAUCUCUCCCGGGGACGAGUCUGCUCACAAGAUCGAUUCCCAGUUUCUCAUCGGAGACACCUUGAUGGUGGCCCCCGUCUUGGAGAUGGGGAAACAGGAACGAGAUAUCUACAUCCCGGCGGGCAAAUGGCGGAGUUACAAAGGAGAGCUGUUUGAGAAGACUCCCACCUUGAUCACGGACUACCCCGUGGAUCUGGAUGAAGUGGCUUACUUUGUCUGGGUCUCCUAAGCUGCCUCGGUGGACGUGUGUACUGAUCACAAGAGUCACCUUGCCUUAUUCUGAUCAUCGUAACCAGAAAUAAUUCUAAUUGGUUCAGAAGGUCGAAAGGGAAAACAGGACAACGGUUGCCCGUUAAUUCUUCAAAUCAAAACUGAACAACGGGCGUGCGAUUAAACAGGCUGCUAAAAGACAAAUAUCGGUAGUCCUCUACUUACGACCACAAUUGAGCCCGAAAUUUAUGUCACUAAAUGAGACAGUUUGGUGUUAAGUGAGUUUUGGCCCAAUUUACGACAUUUCUCGGCUUGAUUGUUAAGCGAAUCACUGCCAUUAGUUUAUAGCGGUUGUUAAACGAAUCCAGCUUCGCUAUUGCUUGUCAAAAGGUCGCAAAAGGGACACUGCAACUGUCAUAAGUACAUGCCAGUUGCCAAGCAUCCAAACUUUUAUCGCACGACUGUGGGAAUGCUGCAACGGUUAUAAAUGUGAAAAAAUGGUCCUAAGCCACUUUUUUCAGUGCUGUUAUAACUUUGAAGGUCACUAAGGGAAUUGUUGUAAGUCGAGGACUACCUGUAUGGUCACCAAAUUUGCACACAGCAGCAAAAGGCCUCGUUCGGACGCUGAGAACCACUGUUUCUGAAUUGUGUGUGUGUGUUUGCACUCAAACAGUUGUCUUCCGUUUUCUUCAAAGGUGGGGCUUAGGAUGCCAAAAUUCUUGAGUGAUUUAUCAGUCAUUUCACCUUCAAGUGUUUCUGGAUGGUUUAACAUCAUGAGGUGUGAAAAAGGGAAGGAAUUUUACUACAAGCUGCCGAGAAUUUGCUCCCAAACGGGUUUUAAAGAGCAGCUAAAAGAAGCUUUGGAAAAUGUGUAAGAAUGUCAGCUCAACCGGGAUGAACCGUAUUGUCUUUAAAUUGGGAAGGCAUCUAAUAUUGCUCCAGCCAAGGCUAUCUACAGGAGGGAGAAGUUAAAAAAAAAAUCAAGAGGGUAGUCACACAUACAUGAUCAAAAAUCCCUCAUUUUUUUACACGUGUGACACAUACAACACAGGUAGUCCUUGAUUUAUGACCACAAUUGAGCCCCAAAUUUCGGUUGCUAGGCGAGACAGUUAAAUGCGUUUUGCUUCUUUUUACGACCUUCCUUGCCACUGUGGUUAAGUGAAUCACUGCAGUUGUUAACUCAGUCCCAUGGUUGUUAAGUGAAUCCAGCUUCCCCAUUGACUUUGCUUGUCAGACGGUCGCAAAAAGGGAUCACAACCCCAGGACACUGCAACCGUCAUAAGUACAUGCCAGUUGCCAAGCCUUUGAAUUUUUGAUCACGUGACCGAGGGGAGGCUGCCACCGUCGUAAGGGUGAAAAUGGUCAUAAGUCACUUUUUUCAAUGCCGUUGUAACUUUGAACGGUCACUAAACGAAUUGUUGUAAGUCCAGGACUACCUCUGCAUGUAAAAAGCUGGGUUUCACACGAUCAGGACUACCAACCUGACUUUUCAAAUCCCUCCCAGUGGACUCCUACAGCACAACCAGCCUUAAGUUUUAAAAUAAGCUAUUAUUUGAAAUGAGCUUUGUUUUCCUAAAGGGAAUAAACCGAAUUAAUACAGGGAUAUAUUUAUAGAAAUGCGGGGAUAUCGCCCUCUCUCUUUUUUCGAAGGAGGCUGGUAUCCAAGGAAUGAAUUAGGCACGUAGGCAGUGGUGGGAUUCAAAUAAUUUAAUAAGCGGUUCGCCUGAACUUGUGCGAACCGGCUGAAUCCUACCUCUGCCCAUGAUUAAAGGCCUGGGCUGGUUCCUUGGCUCUAGGCGUUGGGAAAGAUAGAAAGGGUGUGGAUUCGCCUUAUAUUUUCCAGUUUUGCACCUCAAAGGCUUUUAGAGAUUGCUUCAGUUGUAUGGAAUUCUGGGACUUGUUGUUCCAACACAUCUGGAAGGCUACCUGUUGGGGAGAGAUUCAUUUGUUUGUCCCUCCCUCUGCUGGUGACUUUCUUAUCCAGGUAAUUAAUCCACAAAAAUCCAUCCAUGCACAAUAUAGUUAGAACUUCACCCACAACAUCUGGUAAGUUCAAAUUUAGAAGCUCUGGGUUGAACCGCGGUGCUCUCUGAGUUUGAUUACUUUCUCGCAGACGUUUCACGACCCAACUAGGGAACAUAUCAGUGUCAGGAGGGUGGGGGGAGGGUGGAUCUCUGUUUGUAUACAGAUGGUUUGGCCUGUCGGUGUUGGUGGGAGCGUUGUUUUCUUUUUAGUAGUUCCUUGACUAGGCUGUUGCUCUGUUACCUUAUUUGUCUGUUGAUCCACAGGCACAUAGAGAUAAAUAGCAUCUACACACCAUUCAAAAGAGAUAAUUAAAGAGCUAAAAGGGAAACAAAAAGACCAAAACACCUCCUUACCAGUGAUCAAUACCCAGAUAAACAGAGAUAAACACAAAGAUUAAUACGUCUUUUGCCACCAAUAGCCUCCCACCGACCAGUUCGUUCUCACAGGGAGGGUCUCCUCAGGGUACCGUCAGUCAAAUUAUGCCGACUGGCGACUCCCAGGGGGAGGGCCUUCUCUGUGGGGGCUCCAACCCUUUGGAAUGAACUGCCCCCGGAGAUACGGAAUAUCCCUGAUCUCCGUGCUUUCCGCCGUGCCCUCAAAACCCUGAUGUUCCAACAGGCGGGGCUAAACAUAUGAACAUGUGAAUGUUUUUAAAAUGUUAUCUAAUUUUAAGUUCUAUUUAAUUGGGCCAAACUAUGUUAUAAUAAUAAUUUUAACUGGCAAUUUUAUGAUGUUUGUGUACCUAUAUUUUUCUUGACUGUACACCGCCUUGAGUCCUACGGGAGAAAGGCGGUAUAGAAAUAAAUAAAAUAAAAUAAAAUAAAAUAAAAUAAAAUAAAAUAAAAUAAAAUAAAAUAAAUAAAUACUAGACCAACAAACAAGAAGUAAAACAAUAUCCCAAUCAAGGAACUACCAACCCAGACAAACAAUAUAACAACCGAAUCAAGGAACCAACAACAACACUCGCACCAACACUUGACAGGACAAGCCAUUUGUACAUAAACAGAGUGCAAACCCCACUCCCUUUUAGCACUGAUAAAGUUACCUAGUUGGGUAAUGAAAAGUCUGCAAGCAAAUCACCUACUUCAGAGAACACUAAGGACCACACAAUCCUCCUCCUUCUCCUCCUCUCUGCAAACUCUACUCCUUUCUAGCACUGAUGAUGUUACCUAGUUGGCCCAACAGUCAGAGAGCACCAAGGACCCCACAAUACUUUUUCUCCUCUUUCUCUCCAUAAAUCCCGCUUCUUUCUAGCACUGAUGAUGUUACCUAGCUGCAAGAAAACCACCAAUCUCAGAGAGCACCAAGGGCCCCAUAGUCCAUCCUCCUCCUCCUCUUCCUCUCUGCAAACCCUACUCCCUUCUAGCACUGAUAAUAUUACCUAGUUGGCCCAUGAAACGACUGCAAAAAAACAACCAAGCUCAGAAACCACCAAGGAUCCCUCAGUCCAACUCUGAGCUGCAAAUAUUCUCUUCCAUCCAUAGAAUAACCCAAUUCUUGCUGUACCAAAAAGGGAGAAAUAUGAGUUCUUUUUCUGGACGAUGAAUGUUAACUUCGUGCAGCCCAGAUACUAUUCACGUUUUGAUUAAACUGGGCAAGAAUCUUCAUUUGAUUAUUCUGGAAUUCAGAUUUAACUUCCCCUUGGCCUACCUGUCGUUCUGGGGUAACUGUGCCAUCCUUGGAAAAACGAAUGAAAGGUAUUAUUUUCAUUUCUCCUUGAGCCUCAGAUGUCUUGACAAUCUUCCCCUCGCAUUUCAUUCCUGCAGAAGGUAUCAUAAUUAGAUUGCUGAAAUCCAAAAUAUAUUGUACCUUGAUGACAGCAAGGAGUCUGAGAAGAUUACAGGUAGUCCUCGACUUACGACCGCAAUUGAGCCCAAAAUUGAUGUUGCUCAGUGAGACAUUGUGAGUUUUGCCCAAUUUUAUGACCUUUCUUGCCACCAUUGUUAAGACAAUCACUGAAAUUGUUAAAUUAGUAACACGGUUGUUAAGUGAAUCUGGCUUCCCUACCUGUCCCCGGGGCACUGCGACCGUCAUAAAUAGGAACCGUUUGCCAUGCAUCUGAAUUUUGAUCACGUGGUGGUGGUGCUGCAAUGGUCAUAAGUCACGUUUUUCAGCGCCAUUGCAACUUUGAACGGUCACUAAACGUUUGGUUGUAAGUCAAGGACUACCAGUAAUGUCCUGUUGUCGUCUUGCCCAUGUCUAAGGUUCUGCGCUUCUUAUUACAACUGUGCAAAUUUAGGACUUACAAAGCAAUGCAACAGGAAAUACAGAUCACCGUCUAGGACAGGGAUCUCCAAACUUGGCAACUUUUGAGAUUUGUGGACUUCAACUCCCAGAAUUCCCCAGCCAGUAUGGCUGACUGAAGAAUUCUGGGAGUUGAAGUCCACAUGUCUUAAAGUUACCAAGUUUGGAGAUCUCUGGUCUAGGAAUAGAAAAGAUUGAGGAAACCAAGAGCAGGAUGAGGACAAGUGUGAAGGUGCUGAAUUGGGAAGAGGACAUUUUAGUUUAAAUGAAAUUUCUUGUGGGUCUAAUCAGAGUUGGCCAAAUAAAAUAUUCUAUUCAAUUCAAGUGGGGAAGGGGAGAGGGGAAGGUAUGUACAGUUAUGGAUCGUGGAGAAAAAAAAUGGAAAAAAGAAUAUAUUUUCCUUCUUUGUCAUACAAUUAAAACCCCGUUGAAUCAUUCAUUCAUGUUUUUAUGGUGAAUGGUGAAGACUUGUAAUCUGUCCAGAGAACUUUUGUCUUAUCAGGUGGAUCAGAAGUUUAAUAAAUAAUAAUAAUGUUAA